AUGAAAUUGCCGUUGAGCUUGGUAUUCCGCUUCAUAGCCGUGGUAGCCCUAUGUAUUGUAUUAAGCAUUGUGUACAAUCAUCUGGAGGAUAAUUUACAUCCAACUGCGACACGUCAACGUCAACUUAAAACUCCAAUCAACCAUACAUGUACCAAGCUGCCUAUAGACGUGUUUACGGCUAUACAUGGAAAUGGACAUAUGCAAUAUAAAAGUACUAGUAGUAUGCCAUACUUAAACUUGGACAACAGUCGUAAAUAUGCUAUAAAUAAUUUGACUGUGGUUCAAGAUGGAAUUUUUUGGUCAGACGAACUGUUACAGAUGUCCCCAAAAGGAACCUCCGUGCAAGACAUUUAUAGUAUUUCCUCAAAAUUCAAAUUCAGUAAUAUAAAUGUAACUGGUAUGGAAACAAGAAUUUGUAGCUACGGUUCUUCGCCAAAUAACGCUAGAGUUACUUUGACUGAUGGUACUCAAUGGUGUGCUCGUUACAAACCGCCAUGUUUUAUCUUAGGUGAACUGAUGGCAUAUUACUUUUCCUUGAUGAUGCAUAUGAAUUAUAUUCCGGCUGUAAUUUUAACAAAACCAGACCCGUCUACUCCACAAUGGGGAUCAGAAUUGGUGAAAGAAUUUCUAAAAAAAAGAAAAUGGGAUCCCAAUAAUAUUAUAACGAUGACAAAAUGGAUUCCAAAUCUGCGUAGAAUAUUGGUUUCCAAUAUAAUGAGAUAUGGUGAUCGUCUCCUACAUAUUGACAACCCGAUGUUCAGUAACGUCACACAACGUGAAUUAUUCCGUUUAAUUGCCUACAGUGACGCAACAAUUUUAGACUAUUUGAUGGCAGAGUCAGACAGAGUGUUGUUCUUACAUCGACACAACUUCAAGUAUCGAGGAGAUAACAAAUUGAUCCACAAUCUGUUUUUUGACGAAAACAGUAAAGCUUGGAUGCUUGACAAUGAAAUGUCUUUUUUCUGGGGACAAACUCUUCAGACUCCAGCAUAUGCUCCGCUCAUUGGAAUAUUGAAAUCUGUUUGUAUCUUUCGACGUCAAACUGUGGAAAUGGUAUUCAAACUACAUGCCCAUAAAAACGUGCCUCGCCUUCUAUGGGAAGUGGUGAAUGAACACGUAGGGCCCCUUGAUUUGGAGUGGAAUCCACAAAAGCCAAUUAUCUGUGAAUUACACGAUAAACAGUACACCAUCGACUGGGCUAAUACAUUUACUGAAAGGAUAGAAAAAGCCUACAUGUGGAUUACGCGGUGCUCCGAAGCUGGAUAUGAAUCGUUAUUAAAUGAUAUGAAGUCGUAA